AUGAGAUCAAUUAAAUGUGUAUUAGUAGGUGAUAGUGGAGUAGGAAAGACCUGUAUACUCAUUUCAUAUACUACAAAUACUUUUCCAGAUGAAUAUAUACCAACAGUAAUUGAUGUGACAAGUGUAGUUAUAAUGCAAGAUAAUAAUGCAUAUACUUUAGAACUUUGGGAUUCUGCAGGACACCAAGAUUAUGAUGGUUUGAGACCUUUAUCAUAUCCAAAUACAGAUGUUUUCUUUGUUUGUUUUAGUAUUACUUCACCUUCUUCUUUUGACUAUGUUUCUGAAAAAUGGAUUCCUGAAAUACAAACAACUUAUAAAAUACCUAUUCUUCUUGUUGGCAAUAAAUUAGAUUUACGUGAUGACAAGCAAACGAUAGAUCGUCUGGCCAAUAGAAAUUUAGCCCCCAUCACAUUUGAACAAGGAAUGGUAAAAGCACAAUCAAUCAACAACUGUCAAUAUUUCGAAUGUUCUGCCAAGACUCAAAAAGGUCUACACACAAUAUUUGAUCAAGCAGUUACAAUAGUUGAUAAACCAAUUUAUCCACUUCAAUCAAAGAGGAAGAAAUUUUCAACAUCUUGUAUUCUAUUCUAA